AUGACAGGGACAUCCUCUGGUUUUGGUCGUCGUCUUACAGGCCUUGCACUUGCAAGAGGCGAUCGCGUUAUCGCGACAGCUCGUACACUGAGCAAAAUUCAGCAUUUCCCAAAGCACCCAAACCUUCAUCUUAUGCAGCUUGAUGUCAAUGCCGGCACGAAGGAAAUUAAAGCGCGAAUAGAUCACGCUGCUCGUGUAUGGAAUGGUAUCGAUGUAUUGGUGAAUAAUGCAGGUUACGGGUUGCCUGCACUUCUUGAAGAAGGAGGUGCCUCGCUUAUGUUUCGUCAGUUUCAAACUAAUUUUUUCGGGGUGGUCAAUGUUUGCAAUGCAGUACUACCCUACAUGAGAAAGAAACGCAAUGGCACAGUUGUGGUCAUCGGCAGUAGGAGUGCAUGGAAGCCGGAAAGAGUUAGAGUAAAUAAUUUUAGCUCGCUCAAAGCUGCUGUGCAUGCAAUGAGUGAAUCAUUGGCAUUGGAGCUGGAGCCAUUCAAUAUCCGGGUAUUGCUCGUGGAGCCAGGGUCAUUCCGCACCGAGGGUAUCCUUGGUUAUCCGUGGGACUGCUCCAACCCUAUCCCAGAUUAUGACGAGCAGCGUGCUGUUGGCCGUGUGAACUUCUCUAAGACUGCUGGGAAGCAACCAGGCGACCCGGACAAGGCUAUGGAGAUUGUUGUAGAUGUUGUGAAGGGGGAAGGCUGCGCCGCAGGCAGGGAAUGGCCACUGUAUCUUGUACUGGGCAAGGAUGCAGAGGCCGAUAUUAGAAACAAGUGCGCCAAGGUUCUGAAGCACCUUGACGACUGGAAUGACGUUAUCAGAGGUGUUGAUGUUGUAUGGCUCGUACAAUUUCGCACCACCGUAUACUUAGACUCAACCCUUCACAGGCCCCCGGAAGCCCCUGCCAGUGUACACCCGCCCGACCAACUGAAAACGGCCUUGAAAAUGUGA